AACUGCAGAUAGAACAAACUUCCAUUUCCAAGUUUCAGUUCGCAGCUUACAGUCCCAACAGCCAAACAAAGAACAACGUUAAUGGCGGCGGCCGCGCAGUUAACCAUCCUGGCACCAAAGCCACGCGCCGCCCUCCAAACCUUCAAAGCCAGCGCUUCACCCCCCCCUGCCGCCGCCGGCAACUUCAAGAAGCAGAUAAUGAGCGUAGCCGCCGGUCUACUUGCCGCUUCGGCGGUGGCCGCCGCCGCACCACUGGAGGCCGACGCCACCCGGAUGCAGUACUACGCCACGGUUUCCGACCCGCCAUGCGAGCUGAAUUUCGUGCGGUCCGGACUCGGCUACUGCGACUUGAUUGUUGGCUCUGGCGAGCCGGUCCCUUUUGCUCAGCUUAUCAAUGUACAUUACACUGCAAGAUUUGCAGACGGGAUAGUAUUCGACAGUACUUAUAAACGCGGUAGAUCACUUACUAUGCGCCUCGGCAUGGGCAAGGUGAUUAAGGGAUUGGAUCAAGGGAUCUUGGGUGGUGGAGGUGUACCGCCGAUGCAAGUUGGUGGAAAGAGGAAGCUGCAAAUCCCUCCAAAUCUGGCAUAUGGACCUGAACCAGCAGGCUGUUUUUCAGGGGACUGUAACAUACCUGGAAACGCAACGCUUGUAUAUGAUAUCAAGUUUGUCGAAGUCUACAGUGGAAACAGGAAAUGAAGAAGAGCUUGCUAUUUUUUUUCGACAAAAAUUGUAUAGAAGAAUUCUAAGCAUCUCAUUAUUACUAUUUUUUCGAAAAUUUAGUAUAAAAGAUAGACCUUUUUUUUUUUUU